AACCAAACCUAUGGGGACCCAGUAAGGAAAAAAACACAGAAGACAGUAAAUGAGGCUCCAGGGAAAUUAAGCCAAAGUGGAAGUCCUGGCAGAGUAGGGUAAUAAUUUCCUUUCUGAAUGAGUAACUGUUUAGAAUUUAACCAGGCGAACACGAUUAAACCAAAUGAAUAUAAAUUCUAGGUGCGGUAGUAAGUAAUGAACUGGAGAAAAUGAACAGGGCCUAAUUAACAAGAAAAUAGGAUAUGCCAUAAUGCAUUGAAAUCUAAUGAAAAAUGAGGGUUGAACUUCCCCUUUCAAAAAUUUUCCAGAUGGAAAAUAUCCUUGUUUUACAUCCAGCGUGUUCCAAAAUAUCCAGGGAAUUACAGUUGUUGAGAACUGUACUUACCACGUAAUCAAACAACAUGGGAACGGGGAGCUAUUUCGCAAAACACUGGAGAAGUACCUUAGCUGAGAGAUGGGUGUCCAGAACUCUGCUCAAACAUAAAAGCAGAAGUGCCAUCUUCACAUUAAAGCGUAAUACAGCUGUUUAGAGGAGGAAUGCAAAGCUGCCUGCGUCUGCGCCAUUACAGGAGGCAGUAUUUGGGAUGGCGGAGGCCAUCACACAGAGUAUUGCGGCGAUAAAAGGGAACGAAGCAGCGGAACGCUCAACACUCCAGCCUACACUGCGCUUGCUUCCUUUUUAUUACUAUUACACAGAACAACCGCGCUUAUCCCGCAGGCCGGGCUUCAGCACAGCUCAUGGCAGUCACAACGAAGUUACCUCACCCCGCUGGUCGUGGCUGGGCUCCGGAGCAGGACCCGUGACGUGGCCCCGCGCCGUCGGCGCCUGCGCAGCAGCGAGCGGCGGCCCCGGCGAGCGCGGGCGGCCCGGCCGCGCGAUGGGAGCGGCGGCGGCCGAGGCGGACCGGACGCUGUUCGUGGGGAACCUGGACCCCCGCGUGACCGAGGAGCUGAUCUUCGAGCUGUUCCACCAGGCAGGUCCGGUAAUUAAGGUUAAAAUCCCCAAGGACAGGGAUGGCAAGCAGAAACAGUUCGCGUUUGUGAACUUCAAGCACGAAGAAUCCGUCCCCUACGGAAUGAGCCUGCUGAACGGGAUCAAGCUGUAUGGGAGGCCUAUCAAAAUUCAGUUCAGAUCAGGGAGCAGUCAUGCAUCUCAAGAUGGUAAUUCAUCUUCUUUACCACAUGGAACUGCCAAUACGAGCCCAUCUGGCACAGUACAUCCAGCUUCCAGCAGAUACGAUAAGAGUCCAGAUAAUAUGGUAGCAGCAGGAUUCUCAUCUGUGCAGAGGUCUCUGCCGUCUCCUGAUAACCUUCAGAGACAAGGAGUGAUGCAUGCUGCGAUGCGGCAGCAGUCUCAGUACGGUGGGAAGUAUGAUCACCCCGGCUUUGCUGCCUCCGGGUACCAGCACGGGCACUCGUUUAAUCACUCGUCAGCCUCCCAGAUGCAGUGGCGCCCAGAUGUCGCAGCACUGCGCAAGACCAGGAUGGGCUCCCACCCCUAUUACUCGGACAGUAGGCAUUUUGGCCGAGAACAGCGUUUUGGGGACCGUGGGCCUGACUAUUGCAGGGGCAAAAGGGAUGACUACGGCUUUGAUGACAGAGGCCACGACUCUGGAUCUGACCAUCAUUACCGGGGGAGCAGAGAUGACUUUGUCUAUGAAGACAGGAAUCGUGAAAGCUGGAGCCACGAUUAUGAUAACAGAAGAGAGAACUACAGAGAGGGCAAAUGGCGCCCGUCACGGCAUUAACAAGCGUUCAGUAGGCUUUAAAGAACUUUAAAUCUGUUUCUAACUGAAUCUGUGCAAAAUAAACCCAUCAAAGUUACCAUUUAAUAUUUGUAAAACUACUAGCCGCAGAAUGCUCCAAAACUGGCAUCUUGAUUUUAAAUGUGGUAACUCAACACCUCAGGGCUUUAUGCAAGAAAACAAACGUGCCACAGUUUAAGAAUUAUUGUUGGGUGCUUGUAUUAUAACGAAGAGUGUAUUUUUGUAGUGCAGCUGAAGGAGGCGGGCUCUGUAUCAGGUGUAGGCACACACCCUUUGAAACAGAGCGUAAGGGGUAUGAUGCUUUGUGGCAUCUGAAGCGCGUGUCGAACUGUUUUGAUACAUAAACGAUUCCUUUUGAAUAUUCCUUGCUUUAGAGAAGAACAUUAAAAGUCUCCCUGUGGAUAACCCA